GAUCACAGGAUGCGAGUGCUUGUGAGCAUCCCGCUGCUCUCGUCGAUACUGAACGACUGAUGUCAAGAGUCGCUGUCGUCGGAGGUUGAAAAUUCGGACUUCACAGUUCGGACGACGGGCGGGGAUUCCUUCGUCUCAAGCUCGGGGGUGGUGUUCGGAAGUGAAGGCGAGUGGAUUGAUCGAGUGAGAUACUGAGGUCUGAGAGAAGUCCAGCAUGAAGCUGGGCGUGCGCGUCCUCGUGGUGUAUGCGGCCCUUCUGCUGCAAGUAGCCGUGUCUUCGAGAGCGCAAGAGUACACUCAAACGAAUGGAUCAUACACCACGUCGUUAACGAGUUCGUGUUUCGGAGGAAACUACGGCAUGUGGGGGACGGAUAGGAGUCUGGCAGUCGGAGUGAGCCCUGCGCUCUUCAAGGUUGCCAAAAAUGGCCGCUCGGACUCUUGUGGGCAGAAAAUGGAGGUUCUGUGUCUCAGUCCCCAGUCCAGGUGCCGAACUGGGAAUCCGAUCCUAAACGUCACAGUAGUCGACCAGUGUAUCAACUGCGACGAUAAUAUGCUAAGGCUAUCACUCACAGCUUACAACAAGCUUGCCAAAGCUGAUUUGGAUUUCGUGAUUCUUGGCUUCAGAUACGUAUAGACGGUUCAGACGAGAGACGACCGGAUUCGAAUGUAAAGACCCGGAGCGAGAAUUGACACGGAGCGGAAUUUACCGAAUUCACCUCUCCAACUAGACAUUCUCACAUGUGCGCAGGAGCGUCACGCCGCCCGCUUUUGACAUUUUGUCGCCCUACUUCUUUGGUCCAUGAUAUUGUUCUCUCGACGGUCCACUUGUUUGCGAGAUACCGAUUGUGCCAAAUAGAAGCAGGCUGCCGAUCAGUUGUCUUCGUUGGAAGCUGGACAAUCAUGACACAGCACAAUCUGAUGAUCAAAGAAUGAAUCCGGUGAACGAUAUGGUUGGAUCUCCAGUAUUUUCAGUCACAGCCGGGGUACCUGUCUUCUGUUGUCUUCUUCAAACUAGUCUCCAUGUCUGUCAUGCUUCCCUGUCCAGUCACUGGCCUGAAAGCUCGAGUUAGCUUGCGUGGACAUGUACGAGCCACCUUGGACACACAUGCAGCCUGAUUUUCGUUAACCCUCGUCAGCAGCUCGGAGUGGUUCUAGUGGAUCGUGUUACUUUGUGAUCGUGUUAGUUAAUGGUGAAACGGGGUGAAGAGGCAACAGUUUUGUUCUCAUUAUGUGCAGUGUGUGUCUCUCGAGGUGGUGCGUCGGUGCGAUGCCUACCUACCUUCCUACCUUGUACUAUGCAGACGGACCAGUCAUUCAGAGUAAUGAGGAAACUCAGAUGGACAUACGGACACGGGCUGUAUGCUUACGUGGAAAUUCACGCCGUCACGAAGAGAGUGUGACCGACGCGAGCAGAAGGCAUGAAUGGAAUCGCUGUGCUCGUCGGUUCCACAAUAAUGCAGGCUGAUUGUUAUGGAAAAUGUUCAUCCGAGGUGUCGACAGAUUUUUUUGUAUCUCUGUGAUAAAUUGUAAGUUAUUACAAGUGAUUAACGACAGUUAUCUCAAUAAUCAAAACGAACGCUGGAUAUUAAUGCCAAGAGUGAGAACAGUUCUGAC